UUUAUCUUCCAACGCAACCCAUCUCUGUUACGCAAACCAACCCAUCUCUCUCUUCCCAUUUCCAAUAAACCCUCCUCCUCCUCCUCCACUAAACAAAAUGCUUCCCAAAACUUCCGUCCACCACCACCACAACGCCACUCUCUCCUCCUCUCUCGCCUACGCCCUCCCCUUCCCGUACAAAAUCCCAACUCUGACCCUCCCCACUUUCAUAAAUUUCCAAAAACUCCCCACCAUCUCAUGCUCCAUAUCCCAAGUCCACAACUAUGGCACUGUGGACUACGAGCGGAGGCCCAUGAUCAAAUGGAACGCCAUUUACCGGAAAAUAUCGCUCACGGAGGAUCCCCAAGUCCGGUCUGCAGACGUGUUGAACCAGUGGGAGAAGGAGGGCAGGAAGCUCACCAAAUGGGAGCUUUGUAGAGUGAUCAAGGAAUUGAGGAAGUACAAGCGCUAUGAUCGAGCUCUUGAGGUGUAUGAUUGGAUGAGCAACAGAGGAGAGAGGUUUAGAAUAUCCACUAGUGAUGCUGCAAUUCAACUAGAUUUAGUUGCUAAAGUUCGGGGAGUUGCUAGUGCCGAAAAUUACUUCCUGAGCCUGCCAGAUACAUUAAAGGACAGGAGAAUAUAUGGCGCUCUACUCAAUGCCUAUGUUCGGGCAAGAAUGAAAGAGAAGGCAGAAGCAUUACUGGAUAAAAUGAGAACUAAGGGACAUGCAUUGCAAUCUCUUCCAUUUAAUGUGAUGAUGACACUCUAUAUGAAUCUCAAAGACUAUGAUAAAGUUGAUUCGAUUAUUUCUGAAAUGCUAGAGAAAAACAUUCAGCUAGAUAUAUACUCCUACAAUAUCUGGUUAUCGUCUCGUGGAUCCCAAGGAUCUGCAGAACGGAUGGAAGAGGUUUUUGAAAAGAUGAAAGUGGACAGAACCAUUAUUCCCAACUGGACCACAUUCAGCACAAUGGCUACAAUGUACAUCAAGAUGGGGCAGCUUGACAAGGCUGAAGCUUGCCUAAGGAAGGUUGAGAGUAGAAUCACAGGUCGGGAUCGGAUACCUUAUCAUUAUCUCUUAAGUCUUUAUGGCAGUGUUGGCAAGAAAGAGGAGGCUUAUCGGGUGUGGAAUGUAUACAAAGCAAGUUUUCCCAGUAUUCCGAAUUUGGGUUACCAUGCUAUCAUGUCUUCUCUACUCAGAUUAGGUGACAUUGAAGGGGCUGAAAAGCUUUAUGAGGAAUGGCUGACGGUUAAGUCAACAUAUGACCCUAGAAUUGCAAAUCUUUUCAUAACAUUUUAUAUUAAAGAAGGGGAUUUUGUUAAUGCCCAAAGUUUCUAUGAUCACAUGGUUGAUGUAGGAGGAAAACCCAAUUCAAGUACAUGGGAGGCCCUUGCUGAAGGGCAUAUUGCAGAGAAGAGAAUUUCUGCGGCAUUAUCCUGCUGGAAAGAAGCUCUUUCUGCUGAGGGAUCAAAUAGUUGGAGACCAAAGCCCGUAAAUGUUUCUGCCUUCCUUGAACUCUGUGAGCAAGAAGCUGAUUCGGUAAGCAAAGAGGUUUUCAUGGGACUUCUGAGUCAGUCAGGACAGCUUAGAAAUAAGUUAUAUGUAUCACUUCUUGGCUUAGCGGAUGAAGAUGUUAAUGAUAAAACUAACGUUAAUGAGGAUGAUGAUGAGAAGGCUGAUGAUGGAUCAGAAUUUCUUCUGAACCAAUUGUAGGGUACUACCCCGUGAUACUUCUUUCUUGAAUGUUUGGGAAUAUCUGCUCUAACUUAUCGGGUGCAGCGAAUGUUUUUCACUGAACUAGGUGGGUAUAUACAAGCUGCCAAGUUGACAGGGGCUUCAUAUCAAAGUGAGUUUUGACCGGAAGACUACUCUGCAGAAGAAUAUGUCAGUAAUUUGUGCGACUGGAGACACCAUCUCCACUCCUCGUAUGCAGUGAGAGUUGGUAUGAACUUGAUGUAAUUUUGUGUAGUUAAAGAGCAAGACGCUAUGCAGUCAAUUACAUAUGUAUAAACUUCUAAAUGAUAUCUUAAUAUAUUCAAUUCUCUCUC